GUUCCCGGAGGAGAGAUGCUCCGUCGGGAGGGAGGAGGCGUUGGCUUGUGGGACCCAGAACAGCCUGGUCCUCUCCCACGUUUGGGAGGGGCCGGAGCCCGGCAGCAGCUGGGCUGGGCUGGGCUGCUGGGGAGGUCAUCUGACUGGCUGCUCCACCUGACGGUACACGCCCCCCUCUCCUCUACCAGGCCACACAGGAGCCGGUGCCCACACCGGCACACACACCACCAGGCUGUGACGACACCCACCUCCCCCCCAGCUCCUCUGGGCGGCCAGCUGCACCAUGUCGGUGAGCAGCGAGAAGACGGGGUUCUCCCUGACCCAGGAGAUCCUCAGCCACCUGGGCCUUGCCAACAAGACUGCAGCGUGGGGGACCCUGGGCACCCUCAGGACCUUCCUGAGCUUCAGCGUGGACAAGGACGUGCAGAGGCUGCUGAGGGCCAUCGCAGGCCAAGCCCUUCUCUCGGUUCAGGGGUGGACCGCGCCGCCAUUGUGGACGUGCUGACCAACCGGAGCCGAGAGCAAAGGCAGCUCAUUGCUCAGGCCUUCCAGGAGCGCACCCAGCAGGACCUGCUGAAGUCCCUGCAGGCGGCGCUCUCGGGUCACCUCGAGAGGAUCGUGGUGGCUCUGCUGCAGCCGGCAGCCCGCGUGGACGCUCAGGACCUGAGGACGGCCCUGAAGGACUCGGGUUCCGCUGAGGACGUGGCGGUGGAGAUCCUGGCCACGCGCACCCCUCCCCAGCUGCAGGAGUGCCUGGCCGUCUACAAACACGAUUUCCAUGUGGAGGCAGAGGAGGACAUCCAAUCCGAGACCAGCGGAACCUUGCGGGACCUGCUCCUGGCCCUGGCCAAGGGGGGCCGCGAGAGUUACUCGGAAAUCAUUGACUAUAACCUGGCAGAGCAGGACGUCCAGGCCCUGAAGCAGGCGGAAGGACCCAGCACAGAAGGAACAUGGGUCCUUAUCCUCACCCAGAGAAAUCCCGAGCACCUCGUCCGAGUGUUUGAUCAGUACCAGCGGCGCACCGGGCAUGAGUUGGAGCACACCGUCCGGAACCGUUUCCAUGGAGAUGCCCAGACGGCUCUGCUCAGCCUAGCCUCGGUGAUCAGGAACACGGCGCUGUACUUUGCCGAUAAACUUCACCAAGCCCUUCAGGAAACUGAGCCCAAUUACCGAGUCCUGACGCGCAUCCUUAUCUCUAGAAGUGAGACGGACCUCCUGAGCAUCAGAACCGAGUUCAGAAAGAAGUUUGGGAGGUCCCUCUACUCAUCCCUGCAGGACACCGUGAAAGGGGACUGCCGACCCGCCCUACUGGCCCUGUGCAGGGCCGAAGACCUUUGAGCCCCCCUUCCCCUCCCACCCCCACCUGACAUUCAAGGAUCUGAGUCCCGUGUUUGGCUGAGCCUGCAGGAGACUCCAAAUAGGAUAGCCCCUCCCUGAGCAUUCCGUGUCCCCGCUUCUUGUGGAGGCUGGGACUCGGAGUUUCCUUUUAAA